AUGCCAAUCAUAUACAAACCAUUAGAUAUUAACAAUUUAACUCAUUUCAAUGAAUUAAAGAAACUAAUUGAUGCAGAUUUAUCAGAACCAUAUUCCAUAUAUGUGUAUAGAUAUUUUUUAAAUCAAUGGCCUGAAUUAGCAUUUUUGGCAUUUGAUGUUACAGAAGAGGAAAAAAAUAAUUCUAAUAAUGUGGAUGUUUCUGAUAAGGUGCCUAUUGGUUGUAUUAUUUGUAAAAAUGAAUUACAUCGAUUUUCUAGAAUGAGAGGAUAUAUUGGUAUGUUAGCUGUAGAAAGUCAUUAUAGAGGUCAAGGUAUAUCUAAGAAGUUAGUGGAAAUUGCAAUUACUCAAAUGGAAUCAAAUGGAUGUGAUGAAAUCAUGUUAGAAACUGAGGUAGAGAAUGUGAUUGCAUUAAAUCUGUAUGAAAAUAUGGGGUUUAUUAAGAUGAAAAGAAUGUUUAGAUAUUAUUUGAAUGAAGGUGAUGCUUUUAAAUUGAUCUUACCGUUGACUGAAAAGAGUUGUAUAAGAUCAACGUUUCUAAUGAAUCCUCAAACACCUGUUUUAUAG